AGUCAAAAGAGGAUAUAGUUUCUUUUAUUUUACUCUCUACAUCAAUGGUAAUAAGUGGAGCUUUUACAAUAUCACUGCUUGGUCUUUUCUUUUUUUAGCUUUUUAUAACAUGUAAAAACGAAACCACUUUAGAAAUACAAAACUGCAUAUCUUCAAAUUAAAGAGUAAAUUAUUCUAGAGGAAGAAAAUAUUUCAAUCUGGCAGAAAUAUUUGGGGAAAAAUUUAGUUAUCGAUGGUUUUUACCAGUAAAUCCAAAUAAUAAUUCUACUUUCAAAAUUUAUUGUGAAGGUUAUGAAGUGCAAAUAGUUUGAAAUAAAUUUAAAAUAAUUUAAAAAUAUAAAAAUUAAUAUCAAUUAUCUGUAAAUAAAUAAAUAAAUUAAAAAGUUAAUCAAUUAAAAAAUAAAUAGCUAUUUAUUGUAUUUUUAAAAUUUAAAUAUUAUUAAUAAUUUACCUAAACAUUUCUUUAAAAUAACAUAUAAAUUUAAUUUUAAAAAACAUUUUAUUUCAUGA